AUGUCGUCCAGCGCCGAAGACCAGUCCCCCGCACCCAACCCGCCCGUGCGGGAGCGCUCCCAGAGCGGCGCCGAGACCUCACAGUCGCGCUCGCGCCCGGCCCGCCAGCGCCGCCGCCGCAACCGAAAGACGGACCUCGAGGAGGUGCCGGAGCAGCAGAUGACGUCCCAGGGCGGACAGGACCAGCAGAUGAUGCCGCAGCAACAGCAACAGAUGCCGCAGCAGCAGAUGAUGCAGCAGCAGCAGCAGCAACAGCAGCAGCAGAUGCAGCAGCAGCAGCAAGGUGGCGACGAUGGCGGCAAGAGCGACACGCUCAAGUUGCGGCUGGAUCUUAAUCUCGAGGUCGAGGUCACGCUCAAGGCCCGCAUUCACGGCGACUUGACACUGGCUCUACUGUACGUACUAUUGCCACUAUGCACAUGCUUCUUCGUCCACCACACCCCCAUGAUGCCACCCCGUCUCCCCCCAUCGUGUCUGAUUCUUGGACUCUAA